AUGACAACCCCGAUUUCAUCGAUAAAACCACGAGUCACCGAUGCCGGCCGCCGUUUGCAAGACUGGACCAACAAAAACGUCUUCAUCGGCUCGUUCGAAGAGACCGAGCUCGCAUCCUAUCAGAAUCCCAGCCGAAAGCCUUCGCUGACUCCGGUCGGCUCCGAAAAUGAGGCGUCGGAGACGCCGCCGGCGGCGGAUCCGCAUUGUCCGGAUGGGAAGAAAAUCACCGCGCUCCAGGCCGCGUGGAAUAUCACAAAUGCCAUUCAGGGAAUGUUCAUCGUCGGUCUACCGUACGCGGUCAAGGUAAGGGGCCAAGAACAGGGUUUUGGAGAGUUUAUUUUUUGAAUUUGUAAUUUCCCGCUAAAAUUGGCAUUGUGUUUUAAGGAAGGGGAAGUCGUCGUUUUUGGGUUCUUUGCAUCUAGAAUGGGUGACUACAUGUGGCUGGCCGUAUUUUACAACAUAGCAGUCAUAAAUUUGAUAAAACAAUUCAAAUUUCCCGCAAAAAUUGGCAUUGUGUUUUAAGGAAGGAAAGUGGUCGUUUUGGGUUCUUCGCGUCUAAAACGGAGGACUACAUGUGGUCGAUCGUAUUUUACAACAUAGCAGCCAUAAAUUUUGUAAGAAAUUUAAAUUUCCCGCCAAAAUUGGCGUUCUGUUCUAACCAAAGUAAAAGCUUUAAUUUUGUCUUUAUAAGCUCUCGAAGGCUUUACAAAAAGGGAAAAUGUAGAUAGAACGUAUUUUACCACUUGAAGAACCCUAAAAACUUUCUAAAAUUCAAAUUUCCCGCCGAAAUUGGAAUUUUCCAAAAUUCUCUAAACCAUCAAAAUUUCAGAUUGGAGGCUGGUGGACUGUCCUAGCACUUGUUGGCGCUGCCUACGUUUGCUAUCGAACUGGGAUAUCACUAAUCGAAUGUCUAUACGAUGAUAAUGGCAAGAAAAUCCGGCAUAGCUACCGAGAAGUGGCCGAAGCAGCGUGGCCUGGCUUUGGGAAGCUGGUUCUAGCCGCUCAAUUAACUGAAUUACUGUCUACUUGCAUUAUUUACCUGGUCUUGGCCGGCGAUCUGCUACAAGGAUGCGUGCCAGCGAUCGAUAAACCUGCGUGGAUGAUGCUGGUGGCCAGUAUUCUACUGGGAACAGCGCUGGUCGAUGAUAUGAGAUUGGUAAGCAAUUUUAGAAACCUUGAAAUGACACAUCUAUCAAAAAAAACCGCACCACUCAUUUUAUGUGCUCAGCAGAUGCAACCGCCGAGCAAUCCAAAAUUUCUCUUUAUCAGCCACUGAGAAUUCAGAGCCGAAACAUGAGCUAACCUCAAACUUGGGUUAAUAAACCGAAGAAGUUUCCCUUCGUUAUAGCCUUCCCUAUUUUCCUCCCUUCUUUUCAAAUGGGGAACAACGCUUUUCGGGAGGCAAUCGGCUUCUCUAGCGCUCCCUGUUUUUUCACACUGAGAACGCAGUCCCUCGCUGCGCCCUCUCUUUCUUCAACCCUCCUACCGAAUGCGAUAUCUCGUCGCUGGGCUAGAACUAGAGUUAUUACAACACUUCUGUUGAAAGUAAUCAACGUAACCCAUACUAAGCGAAGGAGUUGGUAUCCUACUUGUUCUCGCCAAGCGUUCCAAAAUUUCUCUUUAUCAGCCACUGAGAAUUCAGAGCCGAAACAUGAGCUAACCUCAAACUUGGGUUAAUAAACCGAAGACGCUUCCCUUCGCUCGUGAUCUCCUUAUUUCAAUCGCCGCUUUUCAAAUGAGGAAUUUCGCUUUUCGGGAGGCAAUCGGCUUCUCUGUCAUCGUUUUUUUCGCGGUUAGUGAGAAGUCUCUUCAACGCGUGCUUUUUCUCCGACUCUCUGGCUAAUGUACGUUCUCUCCCGUAGGAGCUGCUAGAAGCCGUACAAAGAGAAACAAAAACAGUAAGGGGUGGAAAACGAUGAAGAUCAUUUUAAAAUUACUAUAUUUCAAGUUUCGUAUGUGCCCGGCAGAUGUAAUCGCCAAGCGUUCCAAAAUUUCUCUUUGUCAGCCACUGAGAUAUCAGAGCCGAAACAUGAGCUAACCUCAAACUUGGGUUAAUAAACCGAAGAGAUUUCCCUGCGUUAUAUCCUUCCCUAUCUCCCUCGUAUCUUUUCAAACGGGGAACAACGCUUUUGGGGAGGCAAUUGGCUUCUCUAGCGCUCUCUGCUUUUUCGCGGAGAAUCUUUUCCGCGUGCGCUUUUUCUUCAAGUCUCUCGCUAACGUGCACUGUCUCAGGCUGCAAGAAGCGCUACCCAGAGAACUGAAAACAUCGAGGGGUGAAGAACAGUGCAAAGAUCCGCAAAACAACCGUUCUUGUGUAAUAUGUGCCCAACAGAUGUGAACGCUGGGUGUUCCAUAAUUUCUCUUUAUCAGCUUCUGAGACGCCCUUUGUGACGAACAGCAAAUGUACGAAGGGGGUUUACGUGCUGCCGACACAGAUUAUAGCAAAAUUACCUUAUUUCCAGUUUCGUAUGUGCUCAGCAGAUGUAAUCGCCAAGCGUUCCAAAAUUUCUCUUUAUCAGCCACUGAGAAUUCAGAGCCGAAACAUGAGCUAACCUCAAACUUGGGUUAAUAAACCGAAGAAGUUUUCCUUCGUUCAGACCCUCCUUAUUCCCGUAUUUUCUUUUCGAAUGGGGAACCUCGUUUUUUCGGAGGCAAUUGGCUUCUCUAGCGUCAUCCGUUUCCCUUCAUGCAACGGGAGAAGCCUCUUCAACGCGUUCUUUCUCUAAGACCCUCCAAAACAAAGCGCUGUCUCACUUGCCCGUAACACAUGUACUUUAGAAAACAGUGAACGUUAAAGCCGGUAUACAGAAUCCUUUUCACCAGACACGGUCAAAAUAAUCCGAAAAAAACAUAAAAAGUUUUGAUGAAAUAUGAACAGGAUUGAGAAACUGAUAAGUAAGCGUAUUAACUCCAGUAAAACAGAUUCCCCAAAUCAAUAGGCAUGCCGUGAGUUUAUAAAAGAGCCGAACAAGUCAUGGAGGAUGAUUUUUUCCGGUUCAUUACACAAGUUUGAGGUUAGCUCAUGUUUUGGCCCUGAAUUCUCAGUGGCUGAUAAGGAGAAAUUUUGGAACGUUCAGCCGCUAUAACUGCCGAGCACAUACGAAACUUGAAUCAAGAUUAUUUUGCGGUGACCUGCAUCGUUUCCCCCUUUUCUCGGUCAGACUGCUUCUAUUAGCAGUCCCUAAGUGAGAGAGUGUACGUUAGCGAGAGAGUCGAAGAAAAAGCGCGCGUGGAAAAGACUUUCAAGUCUCCAAGAAAAAGCAGAGAGCGCUAGAGAAGCCAAUUGCCUCCAGAAAAGCGUUAUUCCCCAUUCGAAAAGAAAAUAUGGGAAUAAGGAGGGUCUGAACGAAGGAAAACUUCUUCGGUUUAUUAACCCAAGUUUGAGGUUAGCUCAUGUUUCGGCUCUGAAUUCUCAGUGGCUGAUAAAGAGAAAUUUUGGAACGCUUGGCGAUUACAUCUGCCGGGCACAUAAAAACAAAUUUAAAAAACAGUGCACUUUCAGUGUAAAAUACGGUGCGCCGAAGCGUCAUUUUUUAUGUCAUCAACAUUAUAUAUAUUUCCUAGCUCGACCCAAAAAUUUUCAGGUCAGUCAAAUCUCAUUUUACAAUGCAGUUUCGCAUCUCAUCAUCAACGCAAUUAUGGUUUUAUAUUGCUUCUCGCAAAUUAGCGAUUGGAGUUUGGGAUCAGUCGCAUUCCUCCCCAGCCUGCGGCUAUUACCGACAAUUAUCGGCGUGGUUGUAUUUGGAUACACCUCUCACAUCUUCUUGCCUUCUCUGGAGGCCUCAAUGGAGGUAAAAUUUUUCGGUUUUUAUCAAUUUUCCGACAAAUCCACGAAAAAAUUGUUCGUAUUUUAGGACCCAAAAGAGUUCAAGACAAUGCUUAGCCAAUCCCACAUUGCUGCAGCCGCUUUCAAGGCCAUUUUUGGCCUUAUUGGAUACCUGACAUUUGCCCAUUUUACUGAGAGAGAGAUCUCGAAUUCUCUGCCAAAUCAAUUGUUUAAAAUUAUUGUGAACAUGGUGCUAGUAGUGAAGGCUCUACUCUCAUAUCCCUUGCCAUUCUACGCCAUCGUGCAGCUGAUGGGCGACAAUUUUUUCCGAGGUGUUCAAGUCACCUUAUUUUCCAGGUAAAAUACGUGAUUUUGCGUUUUUCUCUUAGAAAGAAGACAAAAAAGCCAUACAAUCUAACAAAGUGAUGUUUCAUCUACAGUUUUAUAUCAAUAUCGUCCAAAAAAUCGGUCAACAUGACGUAUUUUCUCGAAUUUUUCUAAAAGUCCCAGAUUUUCGGAUAAAUUGCAAAAAGCCGUUAUAAAGUACUGUAUCUGUAUUCCAACGAUUCGGAAUUGACUUAGAACUGAAUAGCAGAUCAUAUUCUUCCUAUUCAUUUCUUUUCUGAUAAUAACUUCCGUCAUUAAAACAGAUUUUUUUGACUUUUUCCAAAAACACCAAAAUGUUUGGGUACGAUCGGAAAAACCACUCAAAAAUUACAGUAACCCAUUAUUUAAAUUUUCGAAUCCUCUCUAGUAUUGAAUUACAAGGCAUUAUCUAUCAAUUACACACCAAAUUUCCCUCUAAAAUUAUCAUUUUCAGCUGCUACGGGACGGACAAAAAUCUGCGCGAAUGGGCCGUGGGCCUUCGAAUUUUCCUCGUUCUUUUCACUCUGAUCAUGGCUCUCAGUGUUCCCUAUCUAAUCGAGGUUAUGGGCUUGGUGGGUAACAUCACUGGGACCAUGCUCUCACUGAUUUGGCCAGCCGUUUUUCACUUGAAACUCAAGGGGCACAAAUUAACGCCCGAAGAGAUCAAAUUCAACCAAACGGUCAUUGUUGGUGGGGUUUUUGUCUGCGUUAUUGGGGUUUAUUACUCGGCAAUCGAGUUGGUGAAUGCUAUUAGAUAUGAUUCGAGCUAG